AUGGGAUCGCUUCCGUGCCUGUUCCUAAACCCCACCGGACCACCGCGAGUUGCGUCCACUCUAUCGCUUCCACACACUGGGAUCGGCCCCUCACAAAUCAGUGUGUUACCACCGGCAGGCUUUCAACAUCUGGGACUCUCUAAUUUCCCUCCAACGGCGAGCCUGACAAGGUCAUUAUUAUCGAUCUCCACCUUGCAUGAUGCAGCCGGUCACAUGAACUCUCCACGCUUACGAGCAACCUCUUGUCAACCACUGAGCCGAACAACCAUUAAUCGCUUUACCGAGCCACGUUUAUUUUUCCCUGAAUCCACGCACGAUAACGCUCAACCAUUAGAUUUAACGCUUAAAUCGUCGGCUGAUGUGAAGGCAACAACGGAUAGCCAAUUGCAUCAUGACCCUGGAGCACUUCAGCCUGUACCCCCCUGCAGCGAGCAUGUUUGCAGUACGGUCAAUCACACUAAUUCCCUGGUGACCAAUGUUGAAAACAAUGAGAAAACUAUGGUUCACCAGCUAGACAGAGGGUCCAGUCAACGCAGACGGAAAACAAUGUCUUCUUGCACAACCAAGUCGCCUUAUCCUUCAGGUAUCACUGAAGGUAAGAAUCCCCAGUCAACCGUACCUGAAGACGCCUAUAAAAUGUUCCGAGGCAGGACAGUCGUGGAGCGUGCAUUGCUGUCGACAGUUAGUGAUAACGAAGAAUACGUAGCUGUGAGCAAUGGUGAUGACCAGACUUCCCCUUCCUUCGUGACUGUCCAUCUACUCAGACCAAGACGUUCACAAAGCGCCAAUGAGGACCGCUUCGUCAACGGAAAGUACAAUGAUCCCGAGACGAAGGAGGUUUCUUCAAUCAGUAAAGAUUCAAAACCAAUCGAAAGUGGAGACUCACUCAAAGAUGAUGUGAAGCUCGUGAAAACCUUCAAAGUAGUUCAUGAAAAGGCAGAUUCUUCUGUGUGUAAUCCUAGAAUGCGCCGCUUUCCUGAAAUGACGCCCAGAGAAGUCAAAGACGAGACUUACUGGGAGAAAAGGGUGAAGAACAAUGAAGCUGCGAGACGCUCACGGAGGGCCAGAAAAACCAAAGAAACGAAGUUGCGCGAGUAUGCUGAAAAGUUGGAGAAGACCAAUGCGAAACUUUUGGGUGAAAUUGAAAUUCUGAAAAGUGAAGUUUGUCGUCUGAAAUCAUCAAAACUGGAUGCAAAGGACGAAUAA